AUGUCCCCCUCAUCCAACCUAACAAUUUGCAUUCAACUUGGGAAAGAAGAGAAACCUAAGAGAAAGAGAGAGGAGAUCGACCAGCUAAAUAUGGUGAAGGACUGCGGCGGCCACGACCAUGACGACGACUGCGAGUGCUGCCCCAUACUAUCGAUACUAUCGAUCUUUGCCUGCUGUUCCUGCAGCGAAGACGAUUGCGAGAGCAGGAAGAUAUGGUGCAUCAUCGCCUGGUUUGUCGUCGGCCUCGCCGUCCUCUUCGGCUUCAUCGUCCUCAUCAUUUAUCUAAUCCUCCACCCGUCGAAGCCCCAUUACGAGCUCGACGGCACGACCGUCUCCAACCUCACCCUCUCACCCGAUCACUACUUCCUCUCCGUCAUCGUCCAGAUCACAUUGACGACGAGGAACCCCAACGACGGCGUCGGGAUCUACUACGACAAGCUCGACGUGUACGCGGUGUACAAGGAGCAGCAGAUCACGGCGCCGGUGCUGCUCCCGGCGAGCUACAUGGGCCACGAGGACGUCGCGGUGUGGUCGCCGUACCUGAUCGGGACGGACGUCCCCCUCACGCCGGGCCUCGCCGCCGCGCUUGCCGACGACGAGGCCGCGGGGAUUUUGCUCAUCAACGUGAAGGUCGACGGCAUGCUCCGGUGGAAGGUCGGCUCCUGGGUCUCCGCACACUACUACAUUUUUGUGAACUGUCCCGCGUUUUUAACGGUCGAUAACGGUAACGGCGUUGGGCCGGCGCGCUAUCAUUUCCAGCAGAUGUCGACUUGUAGCGUGGAAGUUUGACUUGACGGCGCCGUUAGUUCUCUCUCUCUCUUCUUUUUUUUAAUUUUUUUUUUAUUUGUUGUUGUAUAUUUAUUUUUUAGAUGAAAAUGUAUUGAAAGAUGCUAAACUAUUGGACAGUUUGCAGGAG